AUGGCGUCGACGUAUUAUUUGCUCGACGAUGCAAUGCACGUGGAAGAACAGAUAGUGCAAAAAUAUGAGCAAGCCCACACCGCUGUUAAAAAAAGCCACCGGGCUGCCGUGAUUAUUCAGCGAUACUACAGAGGCCACGCCGUGCGACAGCGUCUAGAAAAACAACGCAUCGCCGCUAUAGUGUUACAGAAACACACGAGAGGAUGGCUAGUGCGCUAUCACUUGCCUGACAUCAUGCAACAACGCUAUGACGAACUGUGCCUGAACUAUUACGACAGAAUGGCGACCAAGAUUCAAGCCCUCUGGAGAGGGGUAUUGGCAAGAAAAAGAGUUUGCUUGAAAUUGUUACUAGAAAAGAAGAGGUUGACCGAAGAACGUCUAAAACGGUUCACUGUACCUCCGAAAUCGUCUGACAGUUCAGCAUCACACUUCAAUCGAUUUUACAUAGAAAAAAUUCUUACCCUGUUGUUCGACAGGCACCACCUGCUCAGCACUAGGGUUGCCAAGGGUAUUUUCGCGCAGAAAAGCAAAAGCGAAAUUUCGGAAAUCGAAAAGUUAUUGACCUCGAUGCCGUGGAAAAAGUACAAGAAACAAUAUACGGAGAUUGCCAACGAAUAUUUCAAGCGCGUUAAAUGUAUACCAUAUCAAUAUUCCGACAGCAGAUUAAGGCACCAAGAAGAUCUCUUGAGGUUACGGGCCCCGAGGGAAAACAAGAAGCAGAUUUUGGAUGUUGAAAUUGAAGACGACUUUCUCGCAAAACCGUGA